CCUACUCAGUCUAAUCUAAUCAAAGGUUAUUAGACAUUUACCUGCAGACGAGAUAUAACAUUUCUAGGUCAUUGAGUACUUGAAAAAUUCAACUUAUCGGAAUUUUUGAGUGAUGCUCAUAAAUCGCAUUGAAUAUUUUUCGAAUGAGUUGGAAGUAGAGGAUUCUUAGAAAAUGUGUCGGUGGCCAGUGUUACUCCUUUGUUUAUUCUCAUUGUGCAUUUUGGAUGGACAUGGAGCGAAAAUUUUGGGGGUUUUUCCAUUUCCCUCGAAAAGUCACUACGCGAUGGGAAACUCUCUGCUGAAGGAAUUGGCUAAGAGAGGUCACGAAGUCACUAUGAUUGCUGGUUUCGAGGAAAAAUCUUUGCCUUCUAAUGUUUCUUACAGAAAUAUUAAGGUGCAAUUUGAUCUCCAUAAAAAUGGGAAAAAAAUAAAUUUUUUCGAAGAUAGAGGUGGUGCUAUCGGUUCAACAUUAUUUCUGAAUUAUGCAGGAUCCGUAAUGACGAAUGCCACCUUCAACAAUCCAGAAGUUCGAAAACUGCUUGAAUCUGGGGAAAAAUUCGACGCAGUAAUAAUGGAUCAAUUUACAGACGACAGUUUCUCUUAUUUCGCCCAUCAUUUCGGCGCAAACCACAUCCUGUUAUCAACCACCUGCGCUAAUUCAUGGGUUAAUCCUCUAGUGGCAAAUCCUGCGCCUCCUUCUGUGAAUCCUGAGGUGCUGCUAGAUUUUUCCUCGUGGAUGACCUUCACAGAAAGAUUGAGGAACACUGCCUUCUACAUCUUCAAUGAGCUGAACCGACAACUCUAUUUCUUCCCUAAACAGAAUAAAAUUCUCAAAGAGAACUUCCCCAACGCAAGACCCUUGUACGAUUACCUAUAUAACGUAUCUCUGGUUCUGAUGAACGCCCAUGAAAGUUUCAAUGAUCCUCUCGCACUUGUUCCUGUUAUGAAAAACGUUGGAGGAAUGCACGUUUCCCCAAGUGGCAAAUUACCGAGUGAUCUUCAAAAAUUCAUGGACGAUGCUAAAGAAGGGGUGGUUUUUUUCAGUAUGGGUUCCAAUCUGAAAAGUAGAGAUAUGCCAUUGCACGUAAGGGAGUCUAUACUGAGGGUAUUUUCUAAAUUGAAAACGAAGGUGUUGUGGAAAUGGGAGGAUGAAACUUUGCCUGGUCAACCAAGCAAUGUGAAACUGAGUAAAUGGUUGCCGCAGUCAGAGAUACUAGGACAUCCAAACUUGAGAGUUUUCGUUACUCAUGGAGGUUUAUUGAGUACCAUAGAAGCCGUGUAUCAUGGAGUUCCCCUUCUUGCACUGCCCGUUUAUGGCGAUCAAAGAUUGAACGCUAUAACAGCGCAACAAAAAGGAUACGCCAUAAGUAUUCCGUUUGAUGAAUUCGAGGAAGGAAAGUUUGAGAGGACUUUGAACGAAUUGCUUAAUAAUCCAAAGUACAAACAAAAUGCGGUCAGGAGGUCCAGAUUAUUCCAUGAUCGUCCCAUGAAGCCCAUGGAUGAGGCUGUGUACUGGGUGGAAUACGUCAUAAGGCAUGGAGGAGCUGAACACCUAAGGGUGGCAGCAUUGAAAUUGAGCUGGUACCAGUACAUCCUUCUGGACGUUGUAGGAUUCUUUUUAGCGGUGUUUGCAAUCAUUUGUUAUAUUUUAAGGAUUAUUUUACGGAAACUAUGUAACAGAAAAGUAAAAAAAGCGAAGAAGGAAUAAAAACUUAGAUUCGAAUCAGUUUUCAAUGCUUUAGAUGUUACAUAUCUAAGUACAGGGUGUGCAAAAUUCGUUGUCUACUGAGGGGAUCUAGAGAACUCUGUGCAUGGCACUUUCUGUCUCGAGCUCUUUUGUUCUGAGUAAUCCAAAUCCGAAAACAGAACCGGCCUAUCAACAUAUACCCUAUUGCAAUAAACAUUGGUUUGACUCAUCUUAUAACUUAAUCCAACUGUAAAAAACUGAAUCAGAAAUAAUCUGAAACUUAAUUCUGGAUUUGCAAUCAAUAGGAAUAUUGUGGUAUCAAUAAAUUUCAUCUUUCAAUCAUAAUAUCAGUUUAAAUUCCGCAUUUGUACGAGAAAAUGUUUGAAAAAUGUUCAUAUCACUAAUAUUCCAUUUAUUUUCGUAUUCUCAGAACUAAACUAACCUAAAUAACUAACAAAGUAACAACUUAGUUCUUCUCAAUUUCACAUUCGAACGAAAAAAGAUAUAAGGAAAAUGUUCAUAAUAACAUUGAAAUAUUAUUAUGAAUUAAGAAAUAUUAAAGCAGAUAUUUAUUUU